AGCGAGCAGCUGCUGCCAAACCUAGCCCAGCCCAGCCCAGCCUCCACGCACCCUCUCUCUCUCUUUCUCUCUCACAAGCACACACACGCUCACUGGUAGUGGUGGUGGUGGUGGUGGAGAAGAGAUUCACCGGACAACAAAGAAGGUCUGCGCUGUUCUGCGUAAACUGCGGUUUCUGAUCGCCGUCAGGGAAGAGAAAAAGGUCCCGAGUCUACACUACACUGGCUACUGUUUACUGAAACCCAUUCCUCAGUUCUCUGGGGGGGGAAAUACACGCAGCAAGACUGGAGGUGACAGAAUCCUUAGUGAACCUCUUAGACAGUAGAGCCGUUCUUGUGACCUUUGGCAGCGCGAUGGAGCUUGAGCAUUUCGACGAGCGGGAUAAGGCGCGGCGGCACAGCCGAGGGGACAGGCUGAACGGGGUGACUAGCCCAGCACACAGCGCCCACUGCAGCCUCUACCACACCCGUACCCUCAAGACCCUCAGCUCGGAGAAGAAGGCCAAGAAGGUCCGGUUCUACCGCAACGGGGACCGUUACUUUAACGGGAUUGUGUACGCCAUCUCCGCGGACCGGUUCCGGUCUUUUGAUGCUCUGUUGGCGGACCUGACCCGCUCCCUGUCUGAUAAUGUGAACCUGCCACAGGGUGUACGGACCAUCUACUCAGUGGAUGGAACCAAAAAGAUCACCAGCACUGAUCAACUGGUGGAGGGCGAGAGCUACGUGUGUGGCUCCAUCGAGGUCUUCAAGAAGCUCGACUACACCAAGAACGUCAACCCCAACUGGUCUGUGAACGUCAAAGCUUCGUCUGCGGCGACCGCCCGUGGGCCUCCAUCCCUGGGCAGCUCCAAGGCUGGACCUCCAGACACCCGGGACCAGGGGGUGAAGGAUUUCAUCCGUCCCAAGCUGGUGACGGUGGUGCGGAGCGGGGUGAAGCCCAGGAAGGCUAUACGAAUACUCCUCAAUAAGAAGACGGCCCAUUCAUACGAACAGGUCCUGACCGACAUCACGGAGGCCAUCAAACUGGACUCUGGAGUGGUGAAGCGGAUCUAUACACUGGAGGGGAAACAGGUGACAUGUCUCCAGGACUUCUUCGGUGACGAGGACAUCUUCGUGGCGUGUGGACCGGAAAAAUACAGAUACCAAGACGACUUCCAGCUGGAGGAGAAUGAGUGUCGUGUGAUGAAGUCAAUGGCCUAUGGUAAAAUGUCCGCCCCUCUGACCGACCGUGGUUCCGUGGGCCUCUCCAAACGCAGAAAGUCCGCCGCAGGCUCUGUGAACGGGAAUCCGACCAGUCAGCUGUCCACUCCUGGCUCGGGGAAAUCUCCAAGCCCCUCACCUUCCGGCCCUGCUUCAGACCUCAGACCACGCAGGGAGUCUCAGGGUUCAUCUAUCUCUCUGGCCUCUACCAAAGUCUGUAGCUCCAUGGAAGAGGGGGAUGGAGCUGAGUCUAUAGUAGAGGAUGAUAUCCCUGCGGUGCCUGCCUCCAUAUCGGAGCGCUACAGAGUGGGACGUAUGUUGGGAGACGGUAACUUUGCGGUGGUCCGGGAAUGUGUGGAACACUCCACAGGCAGGGAAUACGCCCUGAAAAUCAUUAACAAGGGCCGAUGCCGGGGGAAGGAGCAUAUGAUCCAGAAUGAGGUAGCCAUCCUGAGGAGGGUGAAACACCCCAACAUUGUCCUGCUGAUCGAGGAGAUGGACACCUACAGUGAGCUCUACCUGGUUAUGGAGCUGGUCAAGGGGGGCGAUCUGUUUGAUGCCAUCACAUCCACUAAUAGAUACACAGAGAGAGAUGCCAGCGGGAUGCUGUACAACCUGGCCAACGCCAUCAAAUACCUCCACAGCCUCAACAUCGUACAUAGAGACAUCAAACCAGAAAACCUACUGGUGUAUGAGCAUGUGGAUGGCAGUAAGAGUCUGAAGUUGGGGGACUUUGGUCUGGCCACCGUAGUAGAUGGACCCCUCUACACCGUCUGUGGAACCCCCACAUAUGUAGCACCAGAGAUCAUCGCAGAGACAGGUACACAGCAGAACAGGUUCUGGAGCACCCAUGGGUCAAUGAUGAUGGUGUGUCAGAGAAUGAACAGGAGCUGUCAGUAGCAGGGAAGAUAAAGAAGCAUUUCAACACCAGCCCUAAAAGUAAUGACACCAGUGCUGGAGUGUCAGUCAUCACGUUGGACCACAGCUUCUCCAUGCAGCGCUCUGGGUCGUUGGACUUCCACCAGCACCCGGCCAUGUACUGGAUAAGGCCACCGCUCUUGAUAAGGAGGGGCAGGUUCUCAGACGAAGAUGCAACCAGGAUGUGAGCUCACGCCUAUUGCCGUUGACAACACAAACAACAACAACAACGGAAAAAACGACUAGCUGCCUCCCCAGCCCGACCCUCGCCCCCCUCUUUCUGACCUUUAUCCUCGGCUCCGUCCCUAAUCCUGACCCCUCCACCAGCCACACCCCAGCGUUGAACCAUGAGGAUAUCUCUCUCAGCUCAGCUUGGACUGUUCGUUCUCCUAACUCCCCCUUUUAGAGGUGGGACUGUUCGUUCUCCUAACUCCCCCUUUUAGAGGUAGGGAGAGGGAUCAAAUGUUUUCCUAACGCCCCCUUUUAGAGGUGGGGAGAGGGGUAAUAUGUUCUCCUAUCUCCCCCUUUUAGAGGUAGAGAGAGGGGUCAUAUGUUCUCCUAACUCCCCCUUUUAGAGGUAGGGGAGGACAGUAGAGGAGAUAGGGGAGUGGUCUUUCCUCCUCCCCCUUUCCCCCCCAUCUCCCCCUUCUAGAACAGAACAUGUGAGGGGAGGGAUGAAGAGGGACUGGGGACAGGGGAGAGAUAGAGGGACUGGGGACAGGGGAGGGGAGACAGAGGG